AUGCACCACCACGCGCCCGACGUCCGCCGCGAGAAACGGCCACACCGCCGUGGUCACGGCCGUAAUCACCAGCAGCGAGUAGAAAAACGCCGCCGAGUAGUCGUUGCGGCAGCAGGCAGAGAACUUGCGCGCCUCGAGCAAAAACAGCGUCUUGACCAAGCGCCAGGCCAAGCCGCACCAGGCGGAGAAGGACCGGAAACCGGCUCUGGCGCCGCCCGCCCUGACACUGGCCCACAACCCGAGCGGGCCGUGCGCCUUGGCCAUUUGCGCCCAGAGCGCGGCGCGGCGCGCACUCAAGUCCUGGAGCGCCGUCAAGUCGCGCGGCGAAACGGUGUUGGCGAUAUCGCGCGGGCGCGCGCGCGCCGCAAGGUCAAAGUACCACCGGUUGAAGGUGGCCCGGAAGAAAAGCUGGUACGCCCACCGCACAGGCACCAUCGACGCCACCAACACCUUGGGGUCCCACCAGUCGAUGUUGGCCACUAG